AUGUUUAAAACUUUGUUGUUGUUUACAUUAUUUUUCAUCUCAAAGUUUUAUUUAUCAGCAUUUUAGUAAAUUAUAACUCUACAGAAAUUAAAAUGAUAGCAAAAAAUAAAAUUAAAAGUUCGCAUAUAUUUGCAGUACAAUUUUUAUCAGCAUUUUGCAUUUUAUUUGCGCAGCGGGACUACUCCGUUGAGAACCUCUUCAGUCAAGAUGCAUUUAUACAAACAUUGCGGUACGCGGUGUACUUCCUGGUGCUGCAGGGGUCGGAGGACGGGCUGGUGCUAGCACACGCGUGGUGGCGCGGGGGCGGGGCGGGCACGCGGGGGGCGCGGCGGCGGGCGGCGCGGGGGGCGGGCGCUCUGGCCGCCGCCGCCGCCGCGCUGCUGUGUCUGCGCCAGCCGCUGCUGCAGCCCGACUUCGCGCUUUUCAUCAUGGCGAGCCUCGCGGUCAAGUACCUGCAAACUGCGGGCGCGGCGGCGGCGAUCAGCUACGGCGCGGGCAUGGCGUGCUCGUACUACGAGGGCUACCUGGUCACCGUGCUGCCCAACCAGGGCUCCGACGACGCGCAGGGAUUCCAGGCCAAGAUCAGCACGUUCGAGAGCCGCGAGGGCGUGGUGUUCCCGGUGCGGCGGCUGUUCAUCGUGAUCACGCGCUCGCUGUACUGCCCGCCCGACCUGGCGCUGCUCAAUCACCCGCACCGCCGCGGCGCCACCAUCGAGGCCUGCCAGUCGCUGGACGACGUGUCGCGCAGCGUGGCCGGGGUCAUCGGCCGCGUGUACCGCAACACCGUGUACAAGAUCGUGCGCCCCCCCGCGCCCCCCGCCCCCGGCCGCGCCCCCGCCCCCCCGCGCCCCGUGUACCUCGCCGCCGAGUGCGCCACGCCGCUGCACACGCUGCACAAGGUCAAGACGAGGUCGCAGCUCUACGACGAGCUGGUGCACGCGGACUACGAGGAGAUCCGCGACGACUUCUGCGCCAUGCUGGCGGAGAUCAUCGCGCGCGCGCCCGCCUGCCGCCGCGCCGUCGAGCUCGUGUACUACGACGACACGGACGAGGAGCAGAACCUGGCGGAGCUGCUGCUGCAGCGCAUCGCCGAGAUCGAGCCCGAGUUCGACACGCUCACCCGGGACUAGCGCGCCCGGGGACUAGCGCGGUCGGGGGACCAGCCGCCCGGGGACCCGGGGGACAGCCCUCACUAGUCACUAUACUACACUUUGUAAAAUAUAGCAUGAGCCGUAUGACAGCUGUCAAAUAAUAAUAAUAAAAAAAACAUGGGAAAACCACCUUUAUUUUUACUGUGCAUGAAGAUCUGUCAAUUAAAUGUCAUAGGGCUAAGCCAUAUUUUGCAAAGUAUAAAAGUGUUAUAUUUCUUAUACUUACAAUUUUAUUAUAGUUGUUACUUAUGCCUAUCGGUGCUGCUAUAAGAUAGAAGACGGUACUGGUACCGAUUCUAAAGGCAUUUAAUUUAAAUUUAACUCCGUUAAAUUGUUCGUUAAUCUAAUUUAAAAUCCUUUUGUAUUGCAUUUUUUUUGUUUGAUAUGAUUAAAUUAAAAUUGUAUGCCUUUAGACUCUACACCACUGUGAUUUUAUAUUUUUUAAUACGUGGUUUCAAUUAAUAUGUGUGGUAAUGAACCAUUUCCUAUUUAGUUAUAGUUAAUUUUUAUAGUUGUGCAUUGCAAAGCAUAGCCCAUCACAGACCACUGUGUGGGGCCUAUUGAACUGUGCACAAAAUCUGUCAACUUCCUGAUGCGCCAGUCGGCGCCACACUAGGUACAUAUUAUUAUACUUUAAAUAGUGCACAUGCACAUUUAUUUUAUUUUUAGAUGACAAAUGUCGAUGUACUUGCCAUGGCCCCCUCGACUCCUGUAGUGGGCCAACAUGGGCCGCUGUGUAUGGAGCCUUGAGAGAGACCAAUAAAGGCCUUUCCAUACUAGCAUUCUUGCGUAGUCGCUUACACUGAUGCAGGCUGCGGCCUAGUUCAAUAGUUGUCUAAUGAGAGCUCUCUUAAUGUGAACUAGCUGCAUUAAACAAAAUGCUUAAGUAUUAUGUGAUAAGUACAACUUACUAGUAAGUAGGUAAGCAAUUUUUUUCAUUGUUUGCCUAGGUAGGUAUUUGAUUGCACUUAGCAUUGAUUCGUUCAAGAAUGAAGAACUAAAGAUUUAAUUAAGUACAUAGAAAUCAAAGUGGAAAAACUUGUUAUUUUUGUAUGUUUUUUUAAAUUUCUAAUAAAUACUUUCAAUAGUG